UAGGAAUAUUCAAGACUUCCCCCUCAAGUCCAUGUGAAGCUUUAUGUACAAGCUAAUAGUACAAGAUGGCCUUUCUUUGUCCUUCAGAUGGAAAUAUCCAAACAGCAUGUCGUCCUUGCUGGAUGUAGUCCCGUCGGCCGAGAGCUGUUGUGUUAUUGCAGUAAAAGUUUCAUUGUGUGUAUAAAAUAGCCAUAGCGGAGGAUGCAAUAUAACGUGUCUAUUUUAAUUUGCAGGUUUCCACACUGUUGUGGUUCUUUGGGUUUGUUUUUUUCUUGAAAUGGUAGGGCUAGGAAACAGCUGCCGAGGGAUGAAGUCUCCACCUCUCCUCGUGGCUGCGCUCGUGGCGUGCAUUAUUGUUUUGGGUUUCAAUUACUGGAUUGCAAGUUCUCGCAGCGUGGAUCUGCAGGGUCGGAUCAUGGAUCUGGAAGGCAAAGUCCGCAGGGCGGCAGUGGAGAGGGGUGCUGUGGAGCUCAAAAAGAAUGAAUUCCAAGGGGAACUAGAGAAGCAGCGACAGCAGAUUGACAAAAUCCAAUCCUUGCACAGCUUUCAGAUGGAAAAUGCCAACAGAGUACAUCAGGAAGAGAAGGCAGCACUGAUGAGUAACAUCACAGUAAAUGAGCGAUUGAUCCAGAGUCUACGAGAACACUUGAAAGAGUUACAGACAGAAUAUGGAAAGCUACAGCUGAAUGUUCACUGGUUUCAGAAGAACCAGACUAACCUUCAGAAGAAAUUCUCGUAUGACCUGUCACAGUGCAUCAAUCAGAUGAAAGAACUAAAAGAACAAUGUGAAGAAAGGAUACAUGAGCUUACAAAAAAGGGUAGUGAUGUACCACAAAUCAAAGAAAACAAAGACUUCUCAGAAGAUUCAAAAAAAAAUAGCCAGGUCAACAUUGAACUGCCAGCCUUGAAGCAAACCGAAUUCAAGCAGGCUGACUUGGAAGAGCAGAAACCCAAUGAAGAUGUACCUAAAGCAGUACCUACAGUACAAAAGAUAGACCCGCUGCAGGCUAAAGAAAGAAUGAACGGCCUAGCUGACAUCAGAAAACAGGAGCCUAAGGCAGAAGAGGAGCAGCUUUCUAGUCAACUGAAAAACCCACAGGAUUCACUCAAGGCUGCUGCAGGUCGUAAGGAGAUGCUGCCCCAGUCGGAGAAGGAGCUGAAUCUGCCUGAAGAUGGCAAACAUGUAGCUGGGCAAGAUGCCUUACAGCCGGCAGCAGAGCAGGCUGCCAGUGAGGAAAUUGAGAGGGAGCAGCUCCUAAAUUACGAUGCUAAGGAGGAUGACUCGCUCCCCGGAAAAGCUGGCAAACAGGAACAUGAAGCCUUGAACCAGGACAAGGAUGUUGAUUACAAUUUAGAUGAGAAUGAAGCUGAAUCAGAAACAGACAAGGAAGCAGCACUUGCAGGGAUUGAAAAUGUUCAAAACCCUGAAGAUACGAAGAACCGCUUCUCUGAGCAUGGUGAAGAACGACAGAGGUUGUGAACAAAGGAGGUUCAUGAUGCAACUUAGUCACCUCUUCAUAUAAAUGCAGCCAUGAUGAGAGCAAAGUGAUCUGAGAAUGUUUUGAUUAUCUUCUCAAGGCUUCAGUAAGGGCCCAAAUGAAGUAGUAUUUGCUUGUGAAGUACUGUUUCAGUUGUGAAAAAAAUCAUCUUAAAUCUCUGGAAGCUUGUUUUAAAGCAGCUUGACCUCUGCAAUGACUCUUUCCUUCCUACUGAUUAUAAAAUUGAAACCAGCUAGCAGUAAGUGUAGUAAGUCGGCUAAGUUGUACAGUCUUACUACAGUAACAAUGUGUGGACUGGUGGUAGAUGAGAAAGAGUCCUCUGCCAAGGAUGGAUCUCUCCCCUGAGCAGUGCAGUAGAGAAAUCCCCAGCCUAGUUGUAAGAGGAGCUUAAAAGGAGGUAACUUACCUUGACAAAACAUGGGAAGGAUGAAAAAUGGCCCAUGCUGCAGUGUACCCUUGUGCCUAUUCUGGCACCUUUUUACUGCAAUGUAGAUAGAAAGCAUGACUGUUGUCCUCAGAUACUAUCCAGUAUGAUGUAUUUUCCUGGGCUUCCUAAACGAAAUUGCUAGCUUACACUAUCUGUAACCAGGCUGAAACGCUGUCCUGGUUGUGUUCUUAGCUUUUAGGUUAAAAAAAAGGAUUCUGACAAUAGUGUCUUCUCAUUAAGAGAUUAGCCAGGAAGAUUUUUCUGAAAACUUUGUUGGACUCCUGUUCACAAGAUCAGUACUAUGGAAUGGUUCAGUUACCACUAACUUGCACAAGUUCAGAGUGUAAAAAAAUCAAACUCCUGAACUUUUCGUGACAGAAGCUAUCUGAAAUGGUGUGCUAUGACUACCCUUUACUUCACCCAGCCGCUAUCUUCUGCUAAAAAGCAGAAAGGCAAAUGCUUGCCUUGUAGAACGGCAAUCAUCUCAGCUGUUCAAAGUGGCUAAUCUUCUCUGCCGGACUUCUGAAGAAGGUAAACCAGACUGCAUUUACCAGACAUCUCAAUGUCUCCCACAGGUAAAGCCGUAGUUCUUGUGAAGUCCUAUGUUAGGCACAAUGUAUCAUGUUGUUCAUGUUCUGUUUUCCUGUAACUUGUUGAAUGUAAACUACAAACUAGUUUACUUGCGAUAACCUAGAAAUACCCUCUGCUACCACUAAGGCACCCUUAACUGCAGUCCAACCUGGACUGUGUGUAGCCAGCUGUUUUGAAGAUUGUAUUUGUGUCUGUUCUCAAGACUGACUCCUGUGUUUGGAGCAAUCUUUGUGAGUAUGAACCAACCUCCGUUGAGACAGCAUGGGAGCAGACAGACAGGACUAACUUCCCCACCAGCAAUUCCAUUUAAGAAAAUACAAAUUUGUCGUAGCUUUCUCUUAAUGUACUUCAUUUUGUAACUACUUUUGUGGUGUGUCAUUCCUCAGUGUACUAGUUUACAACUCCUGUAUCUUAAGAUGUCUAAACAUGCAAGUGGAAGGUUGGUUCUUUUGUGUAUGAAAAGAGUAUUAGUUGUCAUUGAGUGAGAGGCAGAGCUCAAGUCAAAUGGUGCCUAUUAAGCCUAAACACAUACAUAAACAUUUCACUGAUAGACUUGCCACAUGUAACUUGAAUUCUUCUAAGAAAAGCACUAACUUCCAUUGCUUGGUUACUCUGUUUUUUUUCACCAUUUAAGCUGGAUUACUUACUUGCUUAAGUCUGGGCUACUACAGUCAAUAUAGCAGGGAAAACAAAUGCAUGUAAGCAGGAGAGAAAAGGAGGUAUAAGCAUCUCUUCUAACUGACAAGUAUUGGGAAACUUGGGCUACUAAGGUGUUUUUGCAAAUAAUGGCAUGUUUUAACAUCAAAAUGUUUACCCAUAUUCUGAGUAAAAGGGGCAUUUUCUUAGGACUUAAUCUGUAAACAGUUACACAGCUGAGAUGAAGUUAAUCAGGAAUUUAAUAGUGAUUCUUAAAAAGCAUAUAUUCUAGCAGUGUAAAAUGUACAGUGAAACACUGUAUUCAAGUUGAAUGAAUGAAUGAAUGGCUUUAACUUGAUACCGGUAAAAUCCCUUAAGGGGAUUAAUGUAUUGACAGAGAACUCUUUUAAAACGAAUUGUUUUGGCUGUAUUUCUGUACAGUACCCAAACCUGACUGGGCUUCUCGCUAGCCAGCUAGAUGUUGUCCUCUCCAUAAACAAGACCACCUUUGUACAAAGCACACUUGUUACACCUCUGACAGUAGGGGGUCUAAAAACCUGCAUAAGGGCAAUGUUCAAAAGCAUAAAGGAAUAAAAUUUUAUUCUCAAUGGCUUCAAGUGCUACAGGAAUGUAACUAGGGUGGUAGAUUUCUAGUAGACAAGGGGCCUGUUUGUCUACUAUAUAGAAUUUUAAAAUUAAAGGACAUUUAGCUGAACAAAACAAGAGACUCAUUUGGAACUGUGGUUUACGUACUGUUGUCUAUCACUAAAAUUUUUAGUUGUGUGAGGCAGGGAAAGCUGCUUUGCUGUAAUCAUCUCGGGGUUAAAUUAACACUUGUCCUUGAUGUUUUUUUAAAAACUAAGCCUGAUCCAUUUUAGAUAAGUAUUUUAAAAUAAAAAUAAUCAUCUUCUCUACUGUGUAUUCACCUUAUUCAGUACAGUUCAUCCAAUUCUAAUGUUCAUGAAAAUGGGCAAGAUGAUCAUUCGUGUUUUCUUAGUUCUAUAAAUCAUGUGGAACUUUGUUUCUUUCACUUGCUGUUUCCUUUGGAGAAAUACCGAAGGCUGUC